AUUCAAACACAAAUCACAAACAAUUAUUUAACUUCUCCCAUGUAAAGUUACUGAAGCCCUUUCUUCACUACAUAUUCAUUUCAACGACAUCAAUAACAACAACAACAACAACAGCAGCACCUACCAGCAAGUAGACUAUAAUUAUUCAGUCAUUCACUCCAAUUAAGGACUCUACACUCCACUCCACUUCACAACACACAAAUCAUUUCGACAAUGAGGCUUCAUCUCUUGUCUCUGUUACCCAUUAUUCUCUCAGUACAUCAAGUCUGUGCAGAGGGACCGCAAACUACAAAGCAGUUCCUUGACCAGGCGUCCAUCUACCUGGGCAAAGGCGAAUAUAAUUUGGCUCUUCAGAGCUAUGAUGCUGCUAUUGAUGGCGAUCCUUCGAACUAUCUUUCAUAUUUCAAGCGAGCAGCUACCUAUCUCACUCUCGGACGUAAUAAUCAAGCGCUUGCUGACUUUACAACUAUCCUGAAGUUAAAGCCUGACUUCAGCCAAGCAUUGUUGCAGCGUGGCAAGCUUUACACCAAAUCUGGAGAGUUUACCAAAGCCAGGGAAGAUCUAGAGCAGUAUCUGAAGAGCAAUCCUAGCGACACAGAGAUUCCCGAGCUUUUACAUAACAUCGAUGAAGCUUCCAAAGCGUUGACGAAGGCAGAGGGUUUUUUCAAGAAAGGACAAAUGAAUGAAUGUGUUCAUAUCUUGGGGUCAGCUAUUUUGGUGGCACCUGUCUAUAUUCCCUUCAGGAUGCAGAGAGCAGAAUGUCAUUUGGCUCGUGGGAAAGUUGAGGAGGCCGUCAAUGACUUUAACAGAGCAACUCAUAACGCAGCAUUGGAUCCACAAUUGAUGCAUCGUCUUUCGACUAUGAGUUAUUACUCUCUCUAUAUGCCUGAGCAGGCUCUGACACAGAUCAAGCAAUGUAUUUCGUUCGACCCUGAAAACAAAUUGUGUAAGGCCUUGUUCCGAAAGCUCAAGACGACCGAGAAGGAUAUGGUUAAGCUUAAUUCUGACCUACAAAAGGGACGCUGGACUGAGGUGAUCAAUAAGGCUGUUGGAAAUGAAAAAUCAUUGGCUAAAUCCGUCGAAACAGAGACAAAAGAAAUGGAGCAGGCGAAUAAUGCUGUGGGUAAGAUGCCCAAGAGACUUUUACUCAAGAUCCACGCUGCUGCUUGUAAAGCAUACUCUGAGCGUAAAGAAGCGGUAGAUGCACUCAAAUGGUGCUCAUCAGCAGUAUUACUAGAUGAAUCUAAUGUAGACGGGCUGGUCGGACGUGGAAUGGCAUAUAUGUUAAAUGACAGUUUCGAGGAAGCUAUCCGGGAUUUCACAAAGGCGCAAGAGCUUGCUGGAGGGAAUAAUCAGAAUAUUCAUGAUAAACUGUCCAAGGCUCAACGACUCUUGAGGCAAUCUCAACAUAAAGAUUAUUACAAGAUUUUGGGUGUUCCCCGGAGUGCAACUCAAAAAGAGAUCAAGAAAGCUUUCCGCAAGCAGGCCUUGCAGUGGCAUCCUGAUAGAUAUAGUGGUAAUUUAUCUCCAGAGCAAGUAGAGAAGAAGAUGGCAGGCUUGAAUGAGGCUUAUGAAGUUUUGAGCGAUCCAGAAUUGAGAGCACGGUUUGAUAAUGGUGACGAUCCUAAUGAUCCACAGGGGCAACAGAACCCGUUCGCACAAGGUUUUGGUGGUAACCCAUUCUUCUUCCAACAAGGUGGAAGCCCAUUCGGUCAAGGUGGAAGUGGAGGAUUCCAGUUCAACUUUCAAUUUUAAAAUGUGACAUAGUAUAAUAAAAUAUAG